AUGCACACAAAGUAUGACAGUGAAUCAAUAGAAUUCAAAAGAAACAAGGGAGAAGAGGUUCUUGCCAGAGAGAUCGUCAUCCGUGAUCUAUUGCAUAAGAACUAUAGAGAAGUGAAGACUAUUUGUGAGGAUAUUCUUAAGAUCAUAAACGAUGUUGAUUGUGGUGCUGGUGAUGUUGAUGAUAAAUCUGAGGAGCACAUCCAUCAGGUCAGUGCCAACAAGGCCGAAAUAGCCAAGGUGUAUGCUGAGAAGGAACAUACGAUUCAAGAGAGGUCAACUGGUGCGAUCUACUCAGUAACCCAGGUUCCAGUGAGCCCAGUCGUACCUCCGACUUCUGUGGCCCAUCUGUUCUCGUCUCUGAAGGAACAAGUGGCAGAUGUGAUCAGCAUAAAGAUUGGUGGCAAACUAGACAAAGUACUUGAAGAAAUGUCCAGUAUGAACACUGAGAUCAGAGACGGCUCUCUCAGGGUUGAGAAGGCAAUAGAAAAGCUCGUAGCCUUUAUUGCUGCAUUUGUGUCUUCUACAACACAACCACCCCCACAAUAA